AUGUUUGUUGGAUAUGAAGAUGCUGAGGAUACUGAAAUAUAUGAAGAUGAACUUUAUCAUGAGGAGUCAUCCAGUGAGGAGAACAUUGACAGUGAGGUGGAAUUUCAUCUCUACAGCCAGAUCCACUAUUCCCAGAAUCUUGGAGAAAUAAGCACGAUGGAAAUGGAUGAGGAAGCUGAUGUUUCAGGAGUUUCAGGAGUUACGGGUCAUAGUUCAGUUCUAACUGAGAAACAGUGUGUAAACAAGAACAUCACUGAAUCUGUGCCUUGUGUUCAAGUUUCAGAUGACUCUGAGGUCAUUGUCUUGUCUGAUACAUCAGAUGAAGACAGUGUUUACAAAAGCAAAGCAAUGAAAUCAAGAAAGUUUUUAGCUCAAGGUGAAAUACAUAUACAUCCAGGAUCUUCCACGCCGUAUCAUACCAAAGCUGCUGGAGGUAGUACCCUGUAUCCUGCUGGGUCAGGCAAAGACAUUUCAAGGCAAAGGAAAAGCAUUAGUGGGAAGCAUAACCCAGUUAGUUCUGCUGGAGCUCAUGCCAUCCAAGACGUGCUUGUAAUAGAUGAUAGCUCUGAGGAGGAGAGUUUGGCAUCUGCAAGUGAUAAUGUCGAGAGCUGGAUGCUUCUGGGAGCCGGUGCAGAUGACAGAGAUGAACAUAUAUUGUUGAACCUUGAGGACUGUGCAGCUCCUGUCAGCGAAGGUUAG